UGCAGUACGCUGACUGUGAUUUACUAUUUGUAUUAACUUGACGCUCAAGUGAAUUGUAUGAUAUGUUUUGUAUAUUAAGAUUUCUCGCUAAAGUCAAGGAGUACCAAAACAACCAUUUAGUCACCAAGGCAUAAUAAACUAUUUUUAAAAUAGUUGUCAAAACGAAGUUGACAUAAUUCAUAUGAAAUAGAGGCUGCACAACUGCAGCGUGCAUUUAUCAAAGUGAUGGCUUCCUCAUACAGUGAUAGAGAUAUAGGUCUCAUCCCAGCAAUUACGUUUUCUUUUGUUGAAAAUUACAUUAAAUGCAAUAAGUUUUCAUCUGGGAAUAAAUCUAUCAACCAGGGAUUUAAAUUAUACAAUGAGGGAUACAUACACAAACUGAAAGUGUACCCAAUUCCUUGUGGUUGCAAAGUGGUUGGGAAAUGUCAUCAAUCAGAGAAAAAGAAAGAACCAUACACAGUUGAGGUACAGUUUAUGUUAUCAGAUGAUGUGCCGUCAGUAAGUAAAGCAGAUUGUGUUUGUGCGAUUGGAGCAAUGGGAUGUUGUGGACAUAUCGCUGGCCUAUUGUAUCAGCUUGCACAGUAUAAGAUGCUGGGAAACAAGGCACUGCCAGAACAAUUAGCAAAAACUGCAUUGCCCCAAACAUGGCAUACGCCAAGAGGAUUGCAAAUGACAAGUACAGAGGUACAAGAUUUAGAGGUAUGUGGCUAUUCGAGGAAGGAAGAAGGUUUAGCUGCUCCAACAAAGCCUAUGGGGUCAUCACUGUACAAUCCUGUCAGAGGUGCUCCCCCAAACUGGACUGCUUAUUAUCCAAAAUUGGCAGAAUUGGCACCAGAUUCUCUUAUUUUGCCUUCGCUAGAGCUUUACAGCAAAGUAAAAAUGGUUCCUUCAAAAUUCGGCCCAGUUCCAACUGGAUCGGUCCUAAGUUAUCAACAGAAGUUAAGUGAAGAUGAAUUCGUACAAAAUGUGUUUGAUGGAAUAGACUUUCCAAAACUCCCUUUCCAAAAUGUAAUGAUUCACAAUUACUGUUAUACACUCGACAGAGAGCAACAAUUAAAGAUGGAAUGUUUAAUAUUAACUCUUGAUGAUAUUGAACAUACUCAAGAAGAUACAAGAGUACAAAGGAAAAGUCCACUAUGGUACGAAAUAAGAAAACACAGAAUAACUGCUUCUGUCAUAGGCAGGAUAUACAAAAGGAAGAAGGAUGAUGAAAGUCUAGCAAAACAACUGAAGUCAACUAGAGAUGUUACCACUGCUGCUAUGAGAAGAGGAAUCGCUUCAGAGGAAAUUGCUGCCAGAAAGUAUGCAGAGGCCUUACUUAAUAGAAUAAACCUUUACCCAUGCGGGGUCGUGGUUAACUUUUGGGCUCCGUGGAUUGCUGCCACCCCUGAUCGUAAAGUUUACAACCCAACAAGAAACCCACCGUUCGGAUUACUUGAAAUAAAAUGUCCUUUGGUUUCUAGUAUACUAGAAGCAUCCUGUUUAAAAAGAAACACUGAUGGGAAACUUAAAUUGAAAAGGAAUCAUGAUUACUACUAUCAGGUUCUUACCCAGCUUGCCGUUGUAGGCCUAGAAUGGUGUGACUUAUUUGUUUGGUGUGAAAAUGAUUAUUUUACAGAAACAAUAUAUUUCAAUCAGGAUAUAUGGAAAAAUGUGAAAGAUAAAGUUGACAUGUUUUUCUUCACACAUUUCAUAUGAUCAAACUUGUCUGCAAUAUGUACUGUCAUAACGAUGGAACUACAAAGAAUUAAUAUCAUGCAAAUAACGGCCAAGAACUGAUUUGCAUACCCUGUAACUGGUAAUGGUAUAGGAAUAUCAAAUAAGUGAAAUUUAUUUACUUCAUGACUUACACGUUCUAUAUUUAUCCGGUUUGCAAUUUACUUAGUCUGUCUUAUUUCAGAUUUCGUAAACUUUCUUUUUUGGAAUAAAAGUGGUAGUGGUUCGUUAAGAGUAGAAGCCCCUUUUUCAGACAGAGUUCUCUGUCGUGGUGCUAUUAGUUUAGUUGUAAUUAAUAUAGAAUGUCGGUCAAUUUUACUAUUUUAAAUUCAGAUGUGCAUCUUGUAAAUACUGAAACAAUAAAUAUCUGCGUAAGGGUCAAGUAUCCAGAGGAUAUUUAAACGUACAUGUACCCAGUCGAUAUUAUAAAGCUAAAGAUUGAGAUUUAUCCUUGCUUACGAAAACAGUGAUUUCUAGCACACGGACAUUACUCUUCAUUACAAAGAAAGAAAACACGAAUUUUAAGGAAAAAACACAUAAUAUAAAUUCGACCUUUCUUGCAAAAAGACUAGCAAAAUUACAACCAAACACACAUGGAACACACAGAAUGUCAAAGAAGAAUAUAGAAAAGUAUAGAAUACGGGACAAGCGCAGAACACAAAAAUUUUCACAAUAACACACUACCUAGUGACUUUGGUACGAUGCAAAUCUUUAGCUUAAUACUUAUACUAAUAUCGAUUUAACGUUAAACUGACCCCCUCCCCAGCCCCGCCCCCCC